CACAUCACCACCAUGUAUGCUCCGGCAACUGUCGUCACACCGCCGUUGGUUAAUGAAGUGGACAUCGUCAUCCCCACCAUCCGAAACCUCGAUUUCCUUGAACAAUGGAGGCCUUUCUUCCAGCCUUACCAUCUCAUCAUUGUUCAAGAUGGAGAUCCAUCCAUAAAGAUCCGAGUACCCGAAGGAUACGAUUACGAACUCUACAACCGUAAUGAUAUCAAUCGGAUCCUUGGCCCGAAAGCUAGCUGCAUUUCGUUCAAGGAUGGCGCUUGUCGAUGCUUCGGGUUUCUUGUUUCCAAGAAGAAGUAUAUCUUCACCAUUGAUGAUGACUGCUUUGUUGCUAAGGAUCCAAGUGGAAAAGAGAUAAAUGCAUUGGCACAACACAUUCACAACUUAUCAACACCAGCAACACCUUUUUUUUUCAACACAUUGUAUGACCCAUAUAGGGAAGGUGCUGAUUUUGUGAGGGGGUAUCCCUUCAGUUUAAGGGAGGGUGUCACCACAGCCAUUUCUCAUGGCCUUUGGCUUAAUAUCCCAGAUUACGAUGCCCCGACUCAACUCGUCAAGCCUCGUGAGCGCAACACAAGGUAUGUGGAUGCUGUUAUGACCAUCCCCAAAGGGACCCUUUUCCCUAUGUGUGCGAUGAACCUUGCUUUCGAUAGGGAACUCAUCGGGCCCGCCAUGUACUUUGGACUCAUGGGACAUGGUCAUCCUAUCAGUCGAUAUGAUGACAUGUGGGCUGGUUGGUGCGCUAAGGUGACAUGUGACCAUUUGGGGCUAGGUGUGAAAACCGGGUUACCAUACCUUUCCCAUAGCAAAGCAAGCAACCCAUUUGUCAACUUACAGAAAGAAUUCAAAGGCCUCUUCUGGCAAGAAGAUAUCAUUCCAUUUUUUCAAAAUGUAACCCUCCCGAAAGAAUGCACAACCGCACAAAAAUGCUACAUCGAGCUCUCAAAGCUCGUGAAGGAGAAACUUGUCUCGAUUGAUCCUUACUUUGAGAAGCUUAGUGAUGCAAUGGUUACAUGGAUUGAUGCUUGGAAUGAGUUCAACCAGUCGGCCGAUGGUGCAACCACCGUCAAGGUCAAGCCUACCAAACCUAAGUAGACACAAACUACAAUAUAACGUCUACUUACAUUAGCUCGCUAUUUUUAAUUUCGUUUUAUGUUAGAAUAAUGUGUGUUCUGGUAUUUAAUUUGUCGCAGCGAGCUAUAAUAAGUCUAUCCAAAGACAUAACUUAUAUUUCU